AUGGAAGAGAGAAAUGAAUCACUCCGCAGCUUCGGUCAAUACCUGGCUGGGCCAUCAUCCCAUUUGGCUCAAAAACCUGAGUUUCUCUCGUACUUUGCAAUGCCCUAUGUUCCAAAUCUGAAGCAGCACCCCACUUACCAAAAAUUAUUCGGAGUUAAAUGGCGCCAGGGACUAGAAUUACGCCUCAUCCGAUUUAUUGACUUCAAGAUACCGAUAGGGGAAAGAAAACCGACAUUAACAAGACUAUGCCAGUCUUCUGUUGACCCUAAUACAACGGGCGAUACAGCGUUAUUCAAUCAGGUAUAA